UUAGCUCCGCCCCUCCGGGCUGUACUGUUGUUAGGUGAUUUACCUCUGCGCCAUCUUGCGUGCGUGCUGUGGCGUCGGUGCCGUCUGUGGCGUCGUUGGAAUCUGCAUCUUGAAUUUUCUGAGGAGAACAUCUGGGCUUCAGAGUUCUUACCAGGCAACAUUUGUCAUUUGAGGACAUCAACUCACAAGUUGUCCAUUCUGUUACUCUCCCUCCUCACCUAACAACUCACUACUGUGAUCUGCCUUUUAAUUUGUUCAGGUCUCUUUGCAAGGAAAUAGCUGCAAUCAACGGUAGUCCUGUUACACCUUCAUCAUGUUUCUCUUGACCAGAAAUGCACUAAAUAGGUUCAAGAUUCGAAGCAUUCAACAAAUUAGGUCAAGACAGAGCCACGAAAAUCAUUCAGAAGAUUUCCAUGACAAAUACGGUAACACUGUACUAGCCAGUGGGACCGCUUUCUGUGUUUUUGCAUGGGUGUUUAUAGCCACACACAUCGGAAUAGAAUGGAACCUAUCUCCUGUCGGCAGAGUCACUCCAAAAGAGUGGAAUGAUGAGUAACCAUCAAAGUUACUGUAAUACAAAAUUGUUUCAAAAUCAGCUUGUCAUUUAAGCACUCUGCUGCUCAUUAAAAUAUAGCAUAGUUGAAGAAAUAAAAUACAUU